CCUGCGCCGACCACGCUCGGGGCUCCGUCCAUCGCCACCAGAUGCUGGCUCGCUCUCGCCUGCCUGCCGCGUUGCCGCUGCGCCGGCUGCUGAGCACCAAGGCCAUCCCGCCGCCAAAGCUGUUUGACUACGCCACCGUCACAUCGCACAUCCACGUCUCUGACGCAAUCUCGGCGGUUGAGGCUGCCUUUGGCGCGCUGGCUCGCGGCAAGGUGGACGUGCCCUUCCCGAUGCACAUUGGGAUCGACGAGACGGCCAGCGCGGGGCCUGGCGACUGCCACAUCAAGGGCGGCUACGUCUCCGGCGAGUCGACCUGGACCGUCAAGCUCGCGUGCGUCUCGUUUUACAAGAAUGUCGCCGACGGCCUCCCCCCGGGCGGCGGCAUCUUCGUGGUGAUGAACGCGAAGAACGGCGCGCCGCUCGCCGUGAUCCAGGAGAACCGCUUCCUGACCGACGUGCGGACCGGCGCCGCCGGCGGCAUCUCGGUCAAGUACCUCACCAAGCCGACCGACAAGACGGUUGGCUUCAUCGGCACCGGCGCGAUCGCAAAGUCGAUGGCGCGCGCCACCGCCGCGGUGCGGCCCGGCUUCACGGGCUUCGCGUACGGCGCCGACGCAGAGAUGGCGCAGUCCUUUUGCGACGAGAUGCGGGCGGAGCUCGGGUGCGAGUUCACGGCGGUGGGGUCGGCGGAGGAGCUCUGCGCGAGCGCCAAGGUCGUCUUCACGCAGACCCCCGGCUCGGCGACCGUGCUCGAGCGCUCGAUGCUGCAGCCGGGCAGCACUGUGAUUGCGUCUGGCUCGGACCAGCCGACCAAGCAGGAGUUGCCCGUCGACCUGCUCGCCAACUGCAAGUACGUCUGCGACCUCGUCGGCCAAGUGUCGAAGGUGGGAGAGCUGCGCUCUGCGCUGGCGGCGGGCGCGAUGACGGAGGCGGACGUGUACGCCGAGCUAGGCCAGGUCGUCAACGGAGACAAGCCCGGCCGCGAGGGGGACGAGAUCAUCGUCUGCGACUUGACGGGCACCGGCGCGCAGGACGCCGCCAUCGGGCAGGUGGCGUGGGAGAAGCUCUCGAAGCUCUGACCGCCGUACAGAACGAGCCGCCGCGCGCCGCGCCGCCACUGGCCGCUCCGCGCGCGGCGCGCGAGCGCGGGCUUCGACGCCGAGGGGGGGCGUUCAACCCGCCGCGGGGCGCCUGACCCCGCCCCCGUUUCAUUUAAUAGCGGUCCUGUCGGAUGGCCCAUGUUGGAUUCUCUUGUACGUUCCAUGCCACGUUCGU